GCAGCACCUCCGCCAUUUUUAUUAAUACGCAAACAAUUCUCCCGUCCGGUUACCACGAGAAAGGCUCCUCUUGUGUGCGCCGCUGUGCCGCUCGCUAGCUUCCUUCUUUCCAUGACCACCCUGUCUCUCUUUCUCCUGCUCUGAGCCUCUGAUCCUAGGAACGGGGGCCAGCCGACGAACCAGCGGGCGCCGCUGCUGGCUGCUGCUGCUGCUGCUAGCUCGCGGAGGGCAAUGCCGAGAUCCAGGGGGUCCGAACCGCCGCAGCGGGCGUCGCCACGGGCGCCGCUGCAUCUGAAGACGACGGCCAGCUCCGAGUCCAAUGGCGUGCACCACCGCCACGUCGGCGACCGGAGCAGCCCCAAGCUCGGGGACCGACACUCGCCGCGCAGCCCUCUGCCCGAGGCAAGUUUCCUUUUUUCUUUUCUUCGUGUGUGUGUGGAGUGGCUACGAGUGGUUGGGGGGUUGUGGCUUACUGUUUCGCCGGCGGUGGGAAUGGGGUUCACAGAAGAAGCGCGCGGGGCCGCGGGUGGUGGAGCUGGAGGCGAAGCUGGGGAAGGUGCAGGACGAGCUCAAGAAACUGCGGGAGCAGCUCGCGUCCGCCGAGGCCGCCAAGAAGGACGCACAGGUCGCGCUCGAGGAGGCCAAGAAGUGUGUCGGCACCAAGGGGAGCCCCGCCUCCGCCGCCACUUCUCCUCUGUCUCCCCCUUCGGCGGCGGUCGAAAGCGAGAAGAAGGCCGAGGAGCUGAAGGUGCCUCAACCGGCGGCCGAGGAGGAGGAGAGCAGCAUAAACUCGCCGGCGACCGACGUGUUUGAGGUCGUCCGGGCCGAAUCCGGGGACAAGGAGAGCCAGAGCGCGGCCAUCGCCUCUGAGAAAUGUGAGGUUGUGAGCUGCGGCGAGAAGGCGGCGCUGGCUGAGAAGGAGGCGCUGGCCGAGAAGGAGGUGGAGGAGGAGGAGACCAAGAAGAUGAUCGAGGAGGAGAGCAAUGCAGCUGUGGAAGCUGACGGCGGCGUAAAGGAGAGCCCGGAGGUCACAGAGCUGAAGGCCAAGCUGACGGAGAAGGAGACGGAAAUCGCCGUCCUCACGGCGGAAAAUGCCGAGCUCAAGAAGAAGGCCGGAGAGGCCGCGGAGGCGGCAAAAAAGGCCGAGGAGGAUGCCACGGCGAAGGCGUCCCUGAUCGAGCAUGAUCUGAAGGAAGGCGCGGCGCGGGAAUCCCGGAUGGGCGAACAGCUGAGGGCGUCGGAGGACGCGCGGGAGGCGCUGGAAGGCGAGAUGCGGCGCCUGCGCGUGCAGACAGAGCAAUGGCGCAAGGCCGCCGAGGCGGCAGCUGCAGUGCUCGGCGGGGACAACCACCUCACUGGUUUCCACGGGCUUGCCGGCAAUGGCAACGGGUGGGCUUCACCCGCCACGAUGCCCGACGACGGCGACGACGAGGGGUUCGGUGGCAAGCGUAAGGGCGCCGGAAUCCGGAUGCUCGGCGACCUGUGGAAGAAGAAGGGGAACAAGUGAAGGCAGCAUGGCUGUGGCUUGCUGGGUAAUGGAUCGAUAUCCCAAUUCACAAUGGUGAGCUUGCUCAGCCCGCCAGGUUGAAUUCCAUGCACUAGCAAGCACCAUCAUUUCACCGCGUUCUGGUUCGGAUUCUACUUUGUAUGAUGAUGAGAUGAAGCUCGUGAGAUUGAACAAUGUCUGUAACGCCUGAUGCUGCAUUGCUGCCUGCUGCUCACAGUAAGGAGCAACCAAGAUGGUUUGGUGUUUUCCUCUCCUGCAUUGAUGUGCUGUUGUUGUAGAGUAAUGUUCUAGGUAAUCUAUUGAGAUUUUUGUGGUGAAAUUGAGGAAUGGAUGAUGCAGGUUCUAAAAAUCCCCUCUUGUCUCGAGCCAGUUCCAAGAUAUCUAGGACAAGCAUUGCUACGCGUUAAGUUUUUUAGUAAUCUUAGAAAAUUUCGAUGGAAUCAAACCGAGGUUGUUCGUCAUCAUGCUGGCUGAUUGUAUGGUGUUUGUUCGUUGCUUCUGAUGAGAGGAUUUUUUGGUGGGGUGCGGCCAGAGAUUUUGAGCAGCACAACAGGAGCACUCUUGGUAAUACUGAUGUCCGUUGGACCCACCGUGUAAUUUGACAAAAGUGUAGCUACAUUCGUGGUGUCACCAACUCACUAUAAAAAGGACCAACCUAGAUUCAAUUAUAGUGUACACAAUUUUUUUUUAUUA